AUGGCGGCGGCAGAGCUCCCGUUCUACCUGCUCCUCCUUUCUCUUCUAAUCAUAGUCCCGCUCUUCUGUUUGGCUGUGUCGUGCAGCAGGAGGUCCGGAUCUGGCCGUCGGUUGCCCCCUUCGCCCUGGGCGCUGCCGGUGAUCGGCCACCUCCACCACCUCGCGGGCAAGCUCCCGCACCACGCCCUACGGGACCUCGCGCGGCGCCACGGCCCGCUAAUGCUGCUCCGGUUCGGCGAGGUACCCGUGGUGGUCGCCUCCUCUCCGGACGCCGCGCGGGAGAUCAUGAAGACCCACGACGUCACGUUCGCCACACGGCACAUGGGGCCCCUGGUGCGCCGCGUCUUCAAGGGCGCCGAGGGCCUCGUCUUCGCGCCCUACGGCGACGCGUGGCGCCAGCUCCGUAAGAUCUGCACCGUCGAGCUUCUCAGUAUCCGCAGCGUCCACUCCUUCCGCCCCGUCCGCGAGGACGAGAUCGGACACCUCCUCCGCUCCGUCGCGUCAGAGGCGUCGGCGGUGAACCUGUCCGAGCGGAUAGCGACGUUCGUGGCGGACUCAUCAGUGCGCGCCAUCAUCGGCAGCCGGAACGCGAACCGGGACACGUUUCUGAGGCUGCUGAACGAGGGGCUCAAGACCAUUCCCGGGAUGAAUCUGCCGGACAUGUUCCCUUCCUCUCGCCUCGCCAUGCGCCUCAGCCGCAUGCCCAGCCAGAUCGAACGUCGCCGUGGCACCAUCCUCAGUUUCAUGGACACUAUCAUCCAGGAGCGCCAGGAGAAAAGAGCCGCUGCCGCCACCGGCAUCGAAGAAGAAGACUUGCUUGACGUGCUCCUGAGGCUCCAGAAAGACAUGGACUCGCAGUAUCCCCUCACUGCCUUGAACGUCAAAUCCGUUAUGAUCGACUUGUUUGUUGCUGGCAGCGAGACCUCGUCCACAAUGUUGCAGUGGGCCAUGGCCGAGCUGAUGCAUAACCCGACGGUGCUUCGGAAGGCACAAGAGGAAGUCCGGAGAGAGCUCGCCGGCCACGACAAGGUGACGGAGGAUGGCCUGACAAACCUGCACUACCUGCGGCUCGUCAUCAAGGAGACGCUCCGGCUGCACCCCGCGGCGCCGCUGCUCCUGCCGCGGGAGUGUCGCAGCCCGUGCGAGGUGCUCGGGUUCGCGGUGCCCAAGGGGGCGAUGGUCCUAGUGAACGCAUGGGCGAUCGGCAGGGACCCCAAGCACUGGGACGCGCCGGAGGAGUUCAUACCAGAGAGGUUCCAGCAACAAGGUGGCAGGGACUUCAAGGGGACGGACUUUGAGUUUCUGCCCUUCGGCGCCGGCAGGAGGAUGUGCCCAGGCAUGGCGUUCGGUCUGGCGCCCAUCGAGCUCGCGCUCGCGGCCCUGCUGUUCCACUUCGACUGGGAGCUUCCAGGGCGUGAGGCACCCGAGGAGAUGGACAUGACCGAGGCGGCCGGGAUCACUACGCGCCGGCGGUCUGACUUGUUGCUGAUCGCCGUUCCCCGUGUCCCGGUGCCGAUGGAGUAAGCAAGGUACGGCCUCGUAUGCCGUCUGUGGUUGUAUACUGCUGCUAACCAAAAUGGAGAGACAAUUAAAGCUUUUGGAUCAGUUGGAGUUUUCAUGCCGAGUAAUCGAACAAAGUACAGAUCAAUUGUACGAGCUAUAUGAAAUGCACUAAUGCGUUCGGU